AUGAAACUUAUUGAAAUUUUAUCUAUCUAUCUAUCUAUCUAUCUAUCUAUCUAUCUAUCUAUCUAUCUAUCUAUCUAUCUAUCUAUCUAUCUAUGUUCAUAUCUAUCUAUCUAUCUUAAUAUAUUUAUACAUAUCCAUAUCUAUCUAUCUAUCUAUCUAUCUAUCUAUCUAUCUAUCUAUCUAUCUAUCUAUCUAUCUAUCUAUCUACAUUUAUACAUAUCCAUAUCUAUCUACGUAUGUUCAUAUCUAUCUAUCUAUCUAUCUAUCUAUCUAUCUAUCUAUCUAUCUAUCUAUCUUAAAAUGUUUAUACAUAUCCAUAUCUAUCUAUCUAUCUAUCUAUCUAUCUAUCUAUCUAUCUAUCUAUCUACCUUGGUCUUUUCAUUAUCGAUCUAUGUAUCACAGUCUGUUCCUAUCUAUCUAUCACAAGUGUUUUAUCUAUCUAUCUAUCUAUCUAUCUAUCUAUCUAUCUAUCUAUCUAUCUAUCUAUCUAUGUUCAUAUCUAUUUGUCUAUCUAUCUUAAUAUAUUUAUACAUAUCCAUAUCUAUCUACGUAUGUUCAUAUCUAUCUACCUUAAAAUAUUUAUACAUAUCCAUAUCUAUCUAUCUAUCUAUCUAUCUAUAUAUAUAUAUAUAUAUAUAUAUAUAUAUAUAUCCGUCUGUUCACUAUCUAUCUAGCUUCCUCGGUUCUUUCAUUAUCUAUCUAUGUAUCACAGUCUGUUCCUAUCUAUCUAUCUAUCUAUCUAUCUAUCUAUCUAUCUAUCUAUCUAUCUAUCUCUCUCUCUCUCUCUCUAUAUAUAUAUAUAUAUAUAUAUAUAUAUAUAUAUAUAUAUAUAUAUCCGUCUGUUCACUAUCUAUCUAG